AUGUCGAAACCAUCAACAGGAACAGUCUUGAUCACCGGAGCAAACGGCUCCUGCGCCAUUCCCUUCAUCUCUCACAUCAAAACCCACUACCCCGAUCUAACAAUCAUAGCAACAGUUCGCAAUGCCUCUUCAGAUGAUCCAAACACAGCCCAUCUCUCCUCGAUAAUUCCCCCAUCCUCCAUCGAAGCUCUCGACCUAUCCUCACUCGCCGCAGUCAACAAUUUCACUGCUAGACUCUCCAGACGCUUUGAAACAGGUGAAGUACCGCCUCUGAAAGCCAUUGUCUGCAACGCCUUUACAAUGUCCCUGAAAGACCAAGUCUUUACAUCAGAUGGCUUUGAACAAACGUUCCAGGUCAAUCAUCUAGCGCAUUAUCUGCUGGUGUUGAAACUUCUGGGAUCUAUGGCUGGUGAUGGAAGAAUUGUUAUGCUUGGUAGCAACGCCCAUUACACAGAUCGGAAACAUCCCCUUUUUGAUAUGACGGUUUGUAUACCCGAUGAUAUCGAGAAGCUUGUUAAGCCGGGGAGAGAUACGCCAGGGAAGGAGUAUUCUCAUGGUUUUCAGAGAUACGGAGUCAGCAAACUUGCGAAUAUCAUGUUUAUGCAUGAUCUCAACGCAAGACUAGCAAAGAACCCCAGACUAUCAGGCAUAACAGCCAUAGCGAUGGAUCCAGGUGGCAUGGUUGACUCGCGUGCGCACAAGAUCCAAACGCCGCUCAUACGCUUCAUGUUCGGUCUAGUCCUGCUAUUACUUCCCAUAGUGAAGCACUUUACCGAUGAGGUUCGAACUUCGGCUCAGUCUGGGCAGGAACUAGCCGAGCUAGCUGUUGGAGACGAGUACAAGGGAACAAAGGGAUAUUUCAUGGGUUUGCGACGAGAGAAGGAGGAUUCGAUUUGUGAAGACGUCAAGAUUAGAGAUGUUUUGUGGAAUGCUUGUUGGGAGUGGGCUGGGUUGAAGAAGGCAGAUACUGUUUUGGAAGAGUAA